CUCGUCAUAUCUGCUGCUUGAGCUGCGAGGUCCCUCUUUGGCUCCGCUAUGGCCUCUUACGCUGCUUACAGCGGCUACGGCAAGCCGCCCCAGUCCUACGCCGGCUCCUACUACGGCGAGAAGCAGCCCCAGGCUCUCACCGAGUACCAGGACUCCAUCCUGGAGGAGAAGGAGAGGAACGAGAAGCGGAAGCAGCGCAACGCCGUGUGCUGCGAGCUGGUGGCCCUGGUCGUCGGCUUCGUGGGGCUGAUCGGCGUGGCCGCCGUGACGGGUCUGCCCAUGUGGAAGGUGACGGCCUUCAUCCAGGAGAACAUCAUCGUGUUCGAGACGCGCUGGGAGGGCCUGUGGAUGAACUGCUUCCGCCAGGCCAACAUCCGCAUGCAGUGCAAGGUGUACGACUCGCUGCUGUACCUGCCGCCCGACCUGCAGGCCGCGCGCGGCCUCAUGUGCUGCUCGGUGGCGCUGUCGGCCUUCGCCGUCAUCGUGGCGGCGCUGGGGAUGAAGUGCACCAAGGUGGUGGACGACCGGCCGCGCACCAAGCACAUCGUGCUGGUGUCCGGCGGCUUCCUCUUCCUCAUGGGCUGCCUCACCACGCUGAUCCCCGUGUCCUGGACCGCGGCCGUCAUCAUCCGGGACUUCUACAACCCCCUGCUGAUCGACGCCCAGCGCCGGGAGCUGGGGGAGGCGCUGUACAUCGGCUGGGUCACCGGCGCCUUGCUGUUCGUGGCCGGGGUCAUCCUGCUGUGCCGCCACGCGCCGCGCAUCCAGGACCCCCUGGAGAGCACGGUCUACAACCCGGCACAAAACAUCUACCAGCCGGCCUACACCUACCAGCCGUACACCUACCAGCCGGCCUACAACUACCAGCCGGCCUACGCCGCCCCCCACCCGGGGUCGGUGGUGUACACGCCGACGCCACGCUAGAGGGAGAAGCCUCUGGGACUUGUUUUAUUUGUUGGACGAGGCCCGUCUGACGGAGCAGAGCCGCCUGUGGAUCAGGGCCCACUCUGGAAACCACCGGGACUCUCCACGCUUCCGAGUGUCUGGCUGAGAUUCUAAUCUUCUCGACAGAUUCUGCUCACGAUGAGCUGCGUUCAACUGUGUGCUGUGAACGCAUUGUAUUAUUUAAGCUUUCUCGUCAGCCUUUCGUGCUUUUUAAUUUGUAACGCUACAGCUGUUGAUUUCACUGUUUUUACAGGCCGAUGUGGUCUUUGAGGACAAACUAUGCACUUGGCCUUUUCCAGGAAAUAUACCUCCAGCUGAUUCUAAUUGAAAUGUAAAUGUACAUACGUUUUUUAAACAUUGUCUAUAAUCUAAACAUUAUUGUCACUUUGAAUAAAGGGAUGAAGUCAAAAACCAA